AAUAGAAAGGUUCUCUUAAUUUGCAUCAGUAACAACAGCUAUGACCAGCCACCUAUUAGCUCUUUUUCUCUCUGUAAUUGCUAUUAUCCUACCCCUGAGAUAUGGCUGCAGUGACAUUAGUGGUGGACACUGCGUGCGUGCCCAUUCCCGACCCUUCAUGGCUGCCAUCCAGAUAAAGAAUACAACUGUGUGUGGAGGGGUUCUUGUGAGAAAGAAGUGGGUUUUGACAGCAGCACAUUGUGAGAAGCAAAGAUCGGAUAUUAGCGUUCUUCUUGGAGCCCAUCAGGCAUUCAAAGCUGAAAAAGAGCAACAGAGAUUUAAGAUCGUGCGCUUCUUUUCUCAUCCCCAGUUUAACAGAUCUUCAAAGGAAAAUGAUAUAAUGCUCCUCAAGCUGGAUCGUAUGGCAAAUCUGAAUAAGUAUGUGAAAUGUUUGUCCCUUCCCGACACUGAUGAAGAUAUCAAACCUGGCUCAAAGUGCACAGUGGCUGGCUGGGGAGAAACAUCUCCAGGAAAGCUGCCAAAAUGUCUUCAGGAAGCAACCGUUAAAAUUGUUGAUAGAAAAGUCUGUGAGAGAAAAUAUAAUAAAAACAAAAAAGUCUUGAAUAUAACCAGGAACAUGUUGUGUGCUGGAGAGAAAACGAGAUUUUCAAAGAGAGAUGCUUGCACGGGAGACUCAGGUGGGCCACUCAUCUGUGGCAGAAAAUACAGUGGGAUUGUUUCCUUUGGAGAAAAAUGUGGAAUAGGAGACAAGCCUGGAGUUUACACGCGACUGACUGAAAAAUACAUUGAUUGGAUAAAAAAAACCAUUUCUCUUAACGAAGAGGCAUGAGACAGGCAAGACAGCCCCAAUAAAUAGAGAGCUGUUCUUCAGAACUGGGUGCUGCCUUGGCGUGCCAACUUUACAAAGUGCUUCCUGACAUUACACCUUUACAAAUCACAGCUUUUUGUGUUAAAAAUUAGCAAGAUUCCCUUUUGUACAGACAAUAUUUGCUCAUCUUCAGUAUCUCUUCCUCUAGAUAACUCAGUUUGUGAUUUCACCCUGAUAUUUAGUGUGACUGGAAAGUGAUAAGUCACCUUUUUCACUGUGGCUGUGACAGGACAAUAUUUUUGAAUGUGUUUUCAAUGAAAAAUUCAGUUUUUGACUGAUAGUGAAUGAGACAUCUGCUGAAUGAGAAAAAUUAGUAAAAAAAGCUUUGAAUGUUCAAGUACUUCAUUUUUACAUUUUUAAAAAACCAAAUACUUUAACUAUUACUAAAAAUUUCUUUAACUAGAUUAAUUUUCGGAACAAAAAUAUUAAGCCAGCAAACGUUUUUCCAAUUUAUCUUCCAUAGAUAGCAUGAAAAAAGUGUAACUUUUCACUAUAAUGGGUGUAAUUAUACUUCUCUAAUACCGUGUCUGUCUAACAUCUAAAGAAACAGAAAUUUUGCGAUGAAUUUCAACAGACUUCUAAUAACAGUCUUACCUUCUGUGUUUUUGAAUAAGCCUGUGGUUGGCUUGCUGUUUCCCAUUCUCUUCUGAGCACUCUUGAGUUUCUUUCUUUCCAAUUACUUGGAAGUGACAAUUUACAGUUUCUGCAGUUCUUUUGUUAUCACAUUAAUUUGCAUGUAUGCUGCGGAUUUUGGGGUGAUUCAGACAUAUGAAUAAAUAACUCCAUGACAUCAGCA